AUGCCCUUGCCACCUCACCGUCAGCGGUCAGAGUCGAAGACUGGUCUGCGGCCAGCGGCAAAGCCUCCCAGCAACUCCACCGCAUUAGGAUCCGGGCUGCCUUUUCUUGAUGAUAAGACUUAUGCAGGUGCCGGUGUGGGCGUUGGCAAAAGCAGCGGUAGAAGUGGCAGCAGAGGGCGCUCGAAUAGCAGAGCUGAUCUGCGACCGGAGGUGCCGGAUACACCUGCAGUCCCUACACCCAGCCGCCAAAGUCUUCAGAGUGAGGCAGAGAUUGACGGCGAAGUUGCCCGAUUGCGCGCAGAAAAUGAUCGCCUGCGCCAGCUGCUGGAGAAGGGUGAUGGUGCUCCCUGGACCUCGGUGUUGUUCCUGGAGCUUGAACGGGAAAGCUAUGAGCAGCAGCGCAUCCUCUGCUUGAAGCGGGAGCUGUGCAUGGCACUUCAGCGGCGACGCAGACUAGAGCAAGCUGUCCGUGCUGGGCAUGCCAGCCUGGAGCGUGCACUUUAUGGUGCGUUGAGUCAAGAGGGGGCAUCCUUGCAGGCUCUGGAGCAAGCCUUCGUAGAUGGUACGGCUGCAGCUGAGUCUGAUCUUGCAGAGGAGGCCAUGCUCUUAGACGCAGACGCCGCGCCCAAGCAACCUGGGCGACGUGCCCCAAGCCCAGCGCACACACCGAGCUCGGCUUCUGCAGCAGGUGCAGCAAAGGCCACGUCUUCACGCAGACUCUGGGAAGCCGCAGAGAUUUACCAGCUUGAGCAAGCUGUGUUCCAGGCGGCAUCUUCACUGAUGGCCUUUGCGGAGGCCUCUGGGGAAGCCUGGGCCGAUCAGCUGGCUGCUCGACUUCAGACAUUGAGCUGGCAGCUGCUCCGAGCCCGGGAGCUCCCUGUCACGAGUGCAGACGUGGAUGCAUCGACUGCUGCAGUUCGCAGACGGCUUUGGAGAUUCAUGGCUGGCCGUUCACUGGCAAAGUGCAGAGAUCAGCCAUCAGAAGGUGUUCAUUCUGGCCCCGAGAUGGUUGCUACUCCAGUUCGGCUACCACUGUGUUUGCUCCGCGCUUUGCAAGACAUGGUUGAGGUCGCGAGCAGUGAGAAGGAGCUGCGGACAGAGGUGGAGCAAGCCGUUGCGAGCAUGCUGGAGCUGGCGGUGCAAUGGGCAACAGCCGUUCUGUCUGCUCGUGCGGUGGCUGGUGCUGCUCAUGGUGGGCCGCAGAUGCUCGCCGUGAAGCUACGAGCUCGGCAAGACAAAACAAGCAUCACCUGCACCUUUGCGCAGCGCGCAGGUCCCAGCUACCGGCUGCGAUUCGUUUUGCCACAGGUGGCUCGCCCUGCGGCUGCGCUCGCCCCAGCCGGCCUGCGCUUCCACUGCCAGGUGCCGUGUGGAAUUUUCACGGACGAGCUCCGUGUGCAGGCAAUGAUGGAGGAUGCUUCCACGAUCCGCAAGGCCGUGGUGCAAGCCCAGGAGCUCCACAAGGCAGGCGGCUUGCAGGACGUGCACCAGAUGGUGCGCUGGAUUGUUACGAAGGAGGAUCACGCCCAGAAGAUCAUGACAACCACAGCCGACUACUUCCUUGCACAGAAGGUUAAGAAGGCAGACCUCAGCGAAGACGACUAUCUCAAGCGACUUGCGCUUCACCAUGAUGUUAUGGUCGCAGCCAUGAAGGCCAAGCAGUCUUCGGAGCUUGGCCCCGUUGACACCUUGGACAAGGCAAUUGAGGCCCUGGCGCCGAUCUACAAGAAGUGA